CUUUUUUUAAAAAACAGGAAUAACCAAGAACAGCAUAAUGAAUACCAUUAGAAUGCCUUCUGGAAUUCGAGUCUUUAAUAAAAUUGCCGACUUUAGACAAUGGCGACGCUCACUUUUAUUAGAGGAGAAAACAUUAGGCUAUGUGCCUACGAUGGGAGCUCUUCACCAGGGCCACCUUGCGCUUGUCACAGACGCCAAGCGACACUGUGAUCAUGUAGCCUUGACUAUCUUUGUCAACCCUGCCCAGUUUGCACCUACUGAAGACUUGGCAACUUAUCCACGCACGUUACAGAGCGAUUUGGAUAAACUUGCUGAUCUUGGUGAAGGCAUGGCUUCAGCUGUGCUGGUACCUCAGGUAGACGAGAUGUAUCCUACAGGUAUUGAGUUGGAUGUUACAAAGCAGAAGGGUACCUUUGUCGAAGUCUUGGGACUUUCCAAGCAGCUCGAAGGCGUUACGCGUCCUCAUUUCUUUAGAGGCGUGGCAACUGUUGUAUCCAAAUUUUUAAACAUUGUUCAACCCGAUCAUGUGUUCUUUGGACAAAAAGAUAUUCAACAAUGCUUUGUGAUUCGUAACAUGAUCAGAGAUCUUCACUUCCCGACGAAAAUGCACAUCUGUCCAACCGUUCGUGAUGAGGGUGGACUUGCUCUUUCAUCUAGAAACGCUUAUUUGACACCCAAGCAGAAAGAGUACGCUUUGACGCUAUAUAAGUCAUUAAAGCAUAUGGAAUCUAUGUACCAAUCUGGUAUUCUCGAUGCUCCGACAAUCCUUCAACAGGGCAUUCAAAUCAUCCAAGACGCUUCCGAUCAGGUCAAGCGUGAAGGUCACGAUUGGGACAUGAAGCUGGACUAUGUGUCAAUCAACUCUGCCAAGGAUUUGUCAGAGGUCACAGGGGAAAUCAAUCGUCAGGAUGGAUGUGUGAUUAGCAUGGCUGUAUUUGUAGGAAAGACUAGGCUGAUUGAUAACAUCUGUUUGGACGUAGAAUUGGAUGAUAAAUAAGAAUAAAAUCAAAAAUACCAACCAUACAUUAC